AUGCCUGGAGUGCGCGCAGAGCUCUGGGAUUUGGUACCCAUUUUGACCAAGGACUUGUUGAAGACAUCGAUUGAACUGGGAAAUCAGCCCGGCCGUCAAUUGGUGACGAUGAAAAGGGAAGCUGCAAUAAAGCUUCUCGAUGAAUGGCAUAAAGCUGAUCUGCCAUAUUUCACCAUCGAGGCCCUCCAAGACCUCGAAAAGCAGCUGGAGCCCCUACAUCUCCCUAAUGUCAACACAGGUGAAGUCAGCCUGGCGGCCCUCACCGGCACCAUUUUCAAAGGCGAAAUGAAUUUGGGGCAUUGCUUCGUCUCGAAACUUUAUGAAAGUAAGGUUGAAACGAAAAUGAUCAACUUGCGUUUUGUUAUAGAGUACAAUCAUCCAGCAAGGCUGAUGGAUAGCAUUACGCUAGCAUACAAAGAAGGAGCAGAUGUUCCAGUUAUGAAUCUCAUGCCCUUUCAAAUGGCGCACGAGGUGUUCGAGUGCCACAACUUGGAAGAGCCCUCAAGCUGUAAGAUUGCGGGCGACGCUUUCAAAAAUGAGAGACAGGCCUGGGAAAAAACUGAGACAUGCAGGAAACUUCCAGUGACUUUGUCAAGAGCCCUUGGUCACGAGAUCAACAGCAUCGUCGGUUUUUCUUGUGGUAGUCUGUCCCUGCCAGGAAGAUCCAAAGCUGCCUUCCAGCACGCGUUGCUGGUUACCAUAAAGGACUGGCUGAUAGAGCAAGGCAAUGGCAAGAAGCCCUCCUGCUAUCUGCAGGAUCCAGAAUACACCGACGUCGAUAAAGAAAUCCUCCACAGUGUCGAUUUCGAUGUGGUUCACGACCCGACCGGCUUUCUCAAAGUCAAUGACAAGUCAGUUGUGCUAUCCAUAGGAUCUGAUGCACCUACCAAGCAGAUCAUCGCGGAUAUCGCUAGACCUGCUAUUGUAAUUUGGGUGCGCCACCAAGGAGAUGGCCUCCUUGACUAUGACUCAUCCCGUGUUAUGAACAUGAUGAAGGAUUACGACAUGUAUGAGCUUGGUGAUGCACCGCAGUUUCGAAAGGCUGUGAUCUAUAUCAGGAAGCCUGUUCUCAGAGCCAGGGUUGCGGAAAGUGUAUUGGCUACCAGAAAAAGUGCUAUUCUGAAGGGUCUUACGAUAAACCUCAAGCAUACCCCCAUUCUCGAUAACAUGGAUGAGACAAGUAGUUUAGGGCCCACCGUGACAGAAGGAAUCUCGCGGCUAGGGCUUGCAUACAGUUGCACUCAUUGUCGCUUGGUUGAACCUAGGGAAAAACAAACCCUGGAGAAGGCGAAACAAAUAAUCGACAAACUCUAUGCAUCCGGAGUGCCAUUUUUCACUAAGAAGUUAAUACAGGAUAUGUGGGAUCAGAUCAAGCGAGAAUCAGCCGACAAAAUAUUUACCAAAGACAUAACCGGCGCGGUUGUUGAAUGCGAUGUGGAGAUGGGUAAGGUUCAGAAGGUUCGAGAAUGGGAGGAUGAUACGGAAUGGGCAUAUGUGUGCAAGGAGCUAGUCCUCAAUUACGAGUGUCGAGCAUCUCUCAGGAACAAUAUUGAUGAUCACAGAUUAAAACACUGGAAACCCUGCUCGAUUAGCAUCCAGCAUCGGAUAUACGAAUGGGACAGUGAGGCCAAGACAAUUAUCCCACAGCGUGCUCCUAUUGCCCAUGAAAUGGUCACAAAAACCUUCCAAGAUAAGGCACAAAAAUGGAAAGACAGCCCAGCCUGUGAAAAGCUCACGACGAUUCUGUCAUCGUCUGCAAAGAAUCAUGAAAUUGAUAAGGUCAUCGGGGCUGGGUGGCGAUCUGCAUCUCAGCAUGCGCUCCUCGUUACCAUGACAGAAUGGCUUAAUGGAAGAGACCACAAACAGAAAGUCUUAAGUUACUCACAGGACCCAGUUUACACCGAAGUAGACAAGAGGAUUCUGGACGAGGCCGGUAUCGAGGUGAUUGAAGAUCCACGUGGUUGGCUCGAGGUAGACGAGCAAUCGAUUGUACUCUCGAUAGCACCGAAUGUGCCUACCAAGGAGAUUAUUACGGACAUUGCUCGACCGGCAGUUAUUAUUUGGGAUCGAGUGAAGUUCAACGAUGGACUUGAUGAGAGGUUAACUGAUCCUGAUUCCUCCCGGAUCAGAGCAAUGUUAGAGGGAUAUGAGCUACAUGAAUUUGGCGCUGAUGAUGAGAUGUUCUCGGAUAUCGUGCUCUAUAUUCGGAAUUCAGUUGCAGCCCCAAUUCCCUCAGAUGGAAGAUUUUCCUAG